AUGGCUGCAGGUCCCUCCUCUUCGGGGGAGGGGGUGCCGCCUUCUGCUAUGCCUCACGAGGGAGGUCGUAUGUCCUUUGCAGAUGUAGUAUCCGCGAAGCCUAGUUUGGGUUUCCAUGCAAAAUCUUUUGCGUCUCUUUCCUCGACACCCAUGGGUUCACGGGUACAGGCUGCUGUCUCUACUCAUAGAGGUGAGCCAGCCGUGACCUUCUCUAUGGAGGAUAUCAUGCGCAUGGCCUCGCUGUUUCAAUAUGCGCUGGACGAAUUCUCGCUGGGGUUGCUGGACGGCAGGCACAUUUUGAUUUGGUUGUCAAGCGAGGCAGACUACUACCGAGUAUGGGCUAGAAAUAUUUGGUACAUUCAUGAGGUCCCUAUAAGGGUGUUUAAAUGGUCAAUCGAUUUUCAUGUUGAUAGAGAGACGCCUGUUGUUCCGGUUUGGUUUUCACUGCCGAAGCUUCCAGUGCACCUAUUUCAUAAAGAGUGCUUAUUCCCCAUUGUCUCGUGCUUGGGCAGGCCGCUCUGCGUAGAUGCUACGACUGCGAAGGGGACGCGUCCGAAUGUAGCUAGAGUCUAUAUAGAGGUGGAUUUGAUGAAGGAUCUGCUGAGCAGAGUUUGGAUUGCCUUCGGCGAUAGGUUGGGUUUCUGGCAGGAGCUCAUUCCAGAGAAUCUGCCUAGCUACUGCGGGCAUUGUUUUCACCAAGGGCACACCGUGGAAGAGUGUAGGGUGAAGAACCCAGGCCUGAGGGUGGAACAGUCGCGUCGACACCAGCGGGGGGUGGCGCUGCAGACGAAGGAGGGGCUGGUGCCGGCUCGGUUAGAGGGGAAGGUCGGUGAGGGCCACCUGCGGCCAAGCUGCGUCCAGGAGGGAAGGAAGGAUGGGCUUGAAGGUGUAACCAAGUAG